UCAUCUUACACAUCUUCUCCGCAACGACUCUCUUCAACCACAUCUUUGUGAACGAAUCCCCCUUCGCGAUACAAAUAACUACCAAAGAAUAAAACAAAGCACCAUGACGCGCGGUAUCCAACUUGGCUUGGCUGCGUUCAUCGCCUUGUCCUCGGCAGUGGCCAUGGUCGACGCCCACGAUCACGGACACGAACACCCAAUACCGACCAACCUCGCGCGCCAUAAGCACAAGACUGUUCAAGGCACGGAGCCCCCUGUUUUCAAGGCAACAAGCAUCAAAGGUCCAUUUCUCGAGCAGUUUGUGCAUGAAGGAGGCUCCUACCAAUGGUUGCCAAGCAAUGCGACAAGGGAGCCUGCCGGCGAAGGAGAGAUCUUUAGCUACGUAGGCCAGUGGGCUUUUGAAGAGCCACAUGUGUAUGCGGGGACGAAGAAUGACCUCGGUCUUAUCGCCAAGACCCCCGCUGCCCAUCACGCUAUCUCUGCAUCCAUCCCUGAGGCAAUUGACAACAAGGAUAACACGCUCGUGGUGCAGUACGAGGUCAAGGCGCAGAAUGGAAUGGUCUGCGGCGGUGCAUACAUGAAGCUCCUGACCGAGUCGCCUGAGGGUAUUAAGUUCAAGGAAUUCUCAAAUGAAACGCCCUACACAAUCAUGUUUGGACCCGACAAGUGCGGCACCACGGACAAGAUCCAUUUUAUCUUCCGCCAUAAGAACCCCAUUACUGGAAAGUAUGAGGAGAAGCACCUUCGUUCAGCACCCUCUUCGGGACUGAACGAACUCACCACAUUGUACACGCUGAUUGUCAAACCAGAUCAGACGUUUGAGAUCAAGGUCAAUGGCGAUUCGGUGACCACCGGAUCUCUUCUCAACAGCUUCCAGCCUGAGGUCAACCCACCCAAGGAGAUUGAUGAUCCCACGGAUAGCAAGCCAGCUGACUGGGUCGAAGAGGCCAAGGUCCCGGAUCCUACCGCAACAAAACCCGAGGACUGGGACGAAAAUGCUCCCCCUACGAUUCCCGAUGAGAACGCUACCAAACCGGAUGACUGGCUUGAGGACGAAGAGGCCGAGAUCCCGGACCCUGAAGCAGUCAAGCCCGAGGAUUGGGAUGAUGAGGAAGAUGGUGACUGGAUUCCAACGACUGUACCCAACCCCAAAUGUCAGGACCACGGAUGCGGCAAGUGGACUCGCCCCAAUAUUCCCAACCCAGCUUAUAAAGGCAAGUGGUCAACCCCAUUGAUCGACAACCCAGCAUACAAGGGUGUCUGGGCUCCACGCAAGAUCCCCAACCCAGAGUUCUUUGAGGAUCUGCAUCCAUCGAACUUUGAAAAAAUUGGUGCUGUGGGCUUUGAGAUCUGGACGAUGCAGGACGAUGUCCUGUUCGACAACAUCUAUAUCGGUCACUCUGUGGAGGAUGCGGCGGCCCUGGCGGCCGAGACAUUCGAGAUCAAGUACCCCUGGGAGAAAAAACUGUAUGAGCUUGCCAACCCCAAGCCGGACCCACUUUCUGAGGAUGGUGCCUUGAACUUUAAGGAAGACCCUGUGGGGUUCGUGCUUCAGCAUUUGCGAGAGUUCAUUGUUCUGGCGCGUGAGGACCCUAUGGGCGCGAUCAAUGCUCGUCCCUUGGUAGUCUCAGCAUUGGCGGCUGUUGUGGGUGUUUCAUUCGGACUGAUGUUGAUCAUCAUAGGUCUCUUGAGCCCCUCGAUCCCUGCUGUUACCAAAGAAACAGCAUUCGCGAAGAAGACUGACAAGGAGGGAGAGAGCUCUACGGCUGCCACUGAAGAGCCGGAGGGAUCUGCCCUCCGAAAAAGAACCGUCGUUCCCAGCGAUGAGAACUAGAUCGCUUUGCUACAGCUUGCCAUUCUCUGCUUCUUUGCUUAUUGCUGCAAUUGCUUCAC